CCGUGGUGUGUCGCGGGGGCCAUGGGGAGCGUGCGCUGGGCCUUCCCCUGCGCCGCCUGGCGCCCCUGCCGCCAGGAGUGGCUGCUGGCGGCGCGGCUGGUGCAGCCCGAAGAGAAGGAGCGCAUCGGCCAGUUUGUCUUUGCCCGCGACGCCAAAGCCGCCUUGGCUGGGCGCCUGCUGAUGCGGAAAUUAAUUGCAGAAAAGUUGUGUAUACCUUGGAAUGAAAUACACUUGCAAAGGACGUCAAAAGGAAAACCUUUCCUGGCAAAUAAUGUAUUCAGUAUCUAUUCGAAUUACAACUUCAAUGUCUCUCAUCAAGGAGAUUAUGCAGUUCUUGCAGCUGAGCCUGAGCUUCAAGUUGGCAUUGAUAUUAUGAAGACUAAUUUACCAGGUAGUAGCUCAAUUCCAAAUUUCUUUUGCAUCAUGAAGCGACAGUUUACUGAAACAGAGUGGGGUGUAAUCAAGUCUAUGAGUAAUGAAUGGAUGCAGCUGGAUAUGUUUCAUCGGCACUGGGCCUUAAAGGAAAGCUUCUUAAAGGCUAUUGGAGUCGGAAUUGGCUUUAAUUUGCAAAGAAUUGAAUUUAAUGUGUCCCCAUUGCAACUGGAAAUAGGAAAGGUGUAUAAGGAGACAAAAAUGCUUCUGGAUGGAGAUAAAGAAGAAGAGUGGACAUUUGAGGAAACCCGGUUAGAUGACCAUCAUCAUGUUGCUGUGGCUCUUGGGAAACAGGAGGGAUUUGGACAGAACUAUUCUGAUGUAUAUUCCAUGGAGCCUAACCAACCACAGUUCACAUUAUUGACUUUUGAAGAUUUAGUUGCAUCUGGUAUUCCAGUUGCACCUGAGGAUUCUGCAUAUUGGGAUAACUUUUGUUCUAAGCAGGAGAGUCCAGUGAAACAGAAUUCACAUUCAAGAUCAGAAUGCUUAUAAGAAAAAGAAACUUGUCAAAGUUUAUAUGCUGUUACUCUGUGAUUCAGAGUGUGGGAAUAAGUGCCCAUGUGUAAAUGAAACAUUUUUCCUUAUUUAAACUAACAGUCUGAUUUUCACCUUUUUAAAAUUGAUGUUCUUUAUCAAUAUCUUAAGAUGUGUGUUUCCUCACUGAAGGAAUUCUGAGUGAAAAGUCUAACCUGGCCACAUGCUUUUUUGCUUCUCCCUGCCUGUGGUUCUUACACUUCAAUAAUUACCCAUGCUAGGAACAGGGAUCAGAGCUACAAUAAUGUUGUUGAUUACUUAACAAGUGUUUAAUGUAUAAAGAUGUUUCCAUACUUCAUUUAUGCUGAAGCUUAAAUUAUGAUGCCUUUUCUCUUACAAAAAUAAUAGUUUUAUUCUCAGAUGGAUGAAUAAAGCCAGAAGAAAUGGUACAAAUCUU